GGCGCAGCCUUAGCUCAGCUUAGCUCAGCCGCUGGUUUUCUGCGUGCCUGGAUCCGCACCGCAAACCGGUGAAGUACAGCGAGGAGUUGACUCGCGAUUUGGUCGUCGCUGCUGUCGUCGUUGUUGUGACCGUUGAGCAGUAUCUCGGCGCUGGAAGGAUGUCCGACAAUGUGUACGCGAUGGAGGGCGAGGAUAACACCAUCCGCUUCGCCCGCAAAGGCGCUUUGAGGCAGAAAAACGUUCACGAAGUGAAAGACCAUAAAUUCAUCGCCCGUUUCUUCAAGCAGCCCACAUUCUGCAGCCACUGCACCGACUUUAUCUGGGGAUUCGGGAAGCAGGGAUUCCAGUGUCAAGUUUGCUCCUUUGUAGUCCACAAACGAUGUCAUGAAUUUGUCACCUUCUCCUGCCCAGGUGCAGAUACAGGGCCAGCCUCUGAGGAUCCCCGGAACAAACAUGGUUUUAGGGUUCACACCUAUUCCAGUCCAACGUUCUGCGACCAUUGUGGUUCCCUGCUGUAUGGCCUCAUUCACCAGGGCAUGAAAUGUGACUCCUGUAUGAUGAAUGUGCACAAGCGAUGCGUAUCCAACGUGCCCAGCAUGUGUGGGAUGGAUCACACUGAACGAAGGGGCCGCAUUUUCAUUAAGGCUGAGAUAGUCAAAGAUCUACUCACCGUGUUAGUGAAGGAGGCUAAGAAUUUGGUUCCAAUGGACCCCAAUGGUCUAUCAGAUCCAUACGUGAAGCUGAAACUGAUCCCUGAUCCUAAGAGUGAGAGCAAACAGAAAACCAGGACCAUCAAAUGCUCCCUGAACCCAACCUGGAACGAGUGUUUCACUUUCAAUCUAAAGGAUUCCGAUAAGGAUCGGAGACUUUCUAUCGGAAUAUGGGACUGGGAUCUAACCACCAGGAAUGAUUUCAUGGGAUCCCUGUCUUUUGGGAUUUCGGAGCUGCAGAAAUCUGGGGUCAAUGGCUGGUACAAGUUGCUGAGCCAGGAGGAGGGCGAAUAUUACAACGUGCCAGUGCCACCUGAAGAGGACACUGAAGGAAAUGAGGAGCUGAGGCAGAAGUUUGAGAGAGCCAGAAUUGGGCCGGGUUCUAAGGCGGCUGAGGAGAAGAGAUCCAGCUCGUGGUCCAAAAUUGACAACAAUGGCAACCGGGAUCGGAUGAAGCUGACUGACUUCAACUUCUUGAUGGUGCUGGGGAAGGGCAGCUUUGGGAAAGUGAUGCUGGCUGAAAGGAAGGGCACUGAUGAGCUCUAUGCCAUCAAGAUCCUGAAGAAGGAUGUGGUGAUCCAAGAUGAUGAUGUGGAGUGCACCAUGGUAGAGAAGAGAGUGCUGGCUGCUCCUGGAAAGCCCCAGUUCCUGACUCAACUCCACUCCUGCUUUCAGACAAUGGAGCGUUUGUACUUUGUAAUGGAAUAUGUUAAUGGAGGUGAUCUCAUGUACCAGAUCCAGCAGGUUGGCAGAUUCAAGGAGCCCCAUGCUGUGUUCUAUGCAGCCGAGAUUGCUGUUGGUCUAUUUUUCCUGCACAGUCAUGGCAUCGUUUAUAGAGACCUGAAGUUGGAUAAUGUGAUGCUGGAUGCGGAAGGACAUAUAAAAAUAGCUGACUUUGGCAUGUGUAAGGAGAAUAUGUGGGAUGGGGUAACAACCAAAACCUUCUGUGGUACACCUGACUACAUCGCACCUGAGAUCAUUGCCUACCAGCCAUAUGGAAAAUCUGUGGAUUGGUGGGCGUAUGGAGUGUUACUGUACGAAAUGCUGGCAGGACAGCCUCCUUUCGAUGGUGAGGAUGAAGAUGAGCUUUUCCAAUCUAUCAUGGAACACAAUGUAACUUACCCCAAAUCCAUGUCCAAAGAAGCGGUAUCCAUAUGUAAAGGACUUUUAACAAAGCAUCCAGCCAAACGUCUGGGGUGCGCGCCUGAGGGUGAGCGAGACAUCAAGGAACAUGCCUUUUUCCGAUGGAUUGAUUGGGAAAAGUUGGAACGCAUGGAGAUUCAGCCUCCGUUCAAACCAAAGGCGUGCGGGCGCAACGCCGAGAACUUCGACCGAUUUUUCACCCGUCAUCCGCCAGUCUUAACUCCACCUGACCAAGAGGUCAUCAUGAAUAUUGACCAGGCAGAGUUCGAGGGCUUCUCCUUUAUUAACACGGAGUUUCUAAAGCCUGAAGUCACAUGUUAAAGGCGCCUGGGGAGGAAUGGGGGGAAAGGAGAGGGGGGUCAGCUGUCCUCUUCAGAAUAGGGGCCCUUGUUCUGGGUUGUGCAGCAUGUUCAGAGGCUGUUCACUGUUCCGUGAUGUUUGCUUUGCAAAUCUCUCAAAGCGUUUUGGGAAUGCUGUAUUUCAUCCAUCACCUCAUCACACAGCGAGACACAAAGUGCACACAGCGGCUGUGACCGGUGCUGCUGAACAGUUCAUACUGCAGGUGCUUCCCUUUAUAUUAAGUCUAUAAUGAAGAUGCUUUGCAAAAUUAUUUGCUGCGUGAUUGCCAAAAGCUGUUCUAUAGUUUAAUUAACUGCCUCAACCCAGUGACUUUCCUGUCGCUCUCCUCGUCGCAAAACAGACCCCUCAUUGGUACUGCAGAGUGAGAGCUGCCGUGACAUCGCCAGUGUUCCCGUGAAAGUUUCCUGUGGUCGGUGUUUUUAGCGAAAUCUGUCUGUGGCCCGUGUGCAAAAUACGAACCAGGAAAAUCUUCGUCAACAGGUUUAGAAUGUCGAUCUCAGCUAUUCUAAAAUGUGUUAAACUAACUUUUUUAAAUGUUUUAUUUCCCAUAUGAUGUAACCCCUGGCGCCUGACGUGUUGUUUGAAUCGAAACUAGUGUUUGUGAAUGCUGCUUUAGUUUUAGAAGUGAUCAUCGUGACUGUCUCCUUUUUCCAUGCUAGUGUGAAACAGUAACCUCCUCCCUUUGGGUUCAAUGAUAUUGGCUGGCUGUUGGUGAAUCCUUCAGGAGGGCGCCGGCAUGUUUUAAAGUGAUAAUGAAACCUUGCAAGAAAUUUUAAAAAGAAAUAAAGUGAUGCAUGACCGUUGUUUUGUAGUAUGUUGCUAACAACGCCUGCAGUUGAUGUGCCAAAUAUUUUUCCAGUAUUGAUAUACAAUAAAAAAAUCGCACCCAAAAGAAAAAAA